AUGACACUUCGAAACGCUUUGUUCAAAGCCUUGCUGGCUUCUACCUCCAUCUCUCAAAGUCUGGCUCGUCCUGCUCCCCAAAUGGGAGACUAUGGAGAGAACAAAGGUCCAGUAGGAGGAGUUGAUCCCCCGACUCCGACUGUUACCUCAACAAGCGGUUCUCUGUAUGGUGACUCGAGUCUAUUAGGCGGCAACGCUCCUCUACCUGACCCCGACAAGUCUGAUUCGGCCGUGGUCAAGGAUCCAAAGCUCGUUAACGGACAAGAAGCAGAUGCUAAGCUUGGACUGUAUCUUGACUUUGACGGUGUUGAUGUUCCUCAGCCAAUCCGUGGCGGACUAGGUGCCACUGAUCCUGGCCCUCGAACAUAUGAGUACGAGAAGCUCAACCCUGAUCUGUAUGCUCCUCCAGGCACAGAUUCUGGAGAUGUCCCGAAUGCUAUGUGGCCACUUGGCCUUUCUCACAAUCGUCUUGGUAGCGAGCCUGGCGCUGGAUGGGCGAGACAGCAGAACCAGGAUGUGCUUCCCGCUGCAACCGCCAUGGCCGGAGUUGACAUGCGUCUUGCUCCCAAUGCCUACCGCGAACUGCAUUGGCAUACUUCGGCUGAGUGGUCUCUUGUCACCAAAGGCUGCCUCCGUAUUGCUGCCAUGAACGAAGAAGGCAAGAGCUUUGUCGAUGACCUUUGCGCAGGCGAUGUCUGGUUCUUCCCUCCUGGUGUUCCUCACAGUCUCCAGGCCUUUGACGAAGGAGUCGAGUUUCUACUCGUAUUCAACGAUGGCCAAUUCUCCGAGGAUGAAACAUUCCUGGUGUCUGAGACAUUCCUACGAAACCCUGUUUCUGUUCUGGCCAAGAACUUCAAGACCGACACCUCUGCCUUUAAGAAUAUUCCAAAGGACCAGCUUUAUAUCUUCAACGGAACUCCUGCGCCCAAGGAUAUUAAGGAGCAGACUGUGACAGGCUCAGCUGGCAAACUGGAAGGCAACGAGUCAUACACGUACCAUUGGUCUCAACAAAAGCCACACACCGUCCCCGGAGGUUCAGUCAAGAUUAUCGACCCUACAACAUUCCCCAUCGCCGAGGGCUUCUCAGCCGCUCUCGUGGUCGUACAACCCGGAGCAGUCCGCGAAAUCCACUGGCACACAACCUCUGAUGAAUGGAGCUACUUUCUCCAGGGAAGCGGUCGUGUGACGGUAUUUAAAGCACCCGAGUCGGCUCGUACCUUUGAUUUCACAGCCGGAGGAGUGGGAUACAUCCCAGCUGCCAACAGUCACUAUGUUGAGAACACCGGCGACACGGAUUUGAUUUUCCUCGAGGUUCUCCAGGCGCCCAAGUUCUCAGACAUCUCUGUUGCGCAGUGGUUGGCUCUGACGCCGAGACAGGUUGUCAAGGAUCAUCUGCAUGUUUCUGAUGAGUUCCUGGAUUUAUUGCCAAAGGAGAAGGAGUUUAUCAAGGUUGGAGACGUGAAUAUGACAGCCCUUGCGGGUGAAGGAGAGAACUAA